AUGACCCGUUGGGCCCUUGUUGCUCCCUUACUGCUCCUGUUCCUCUGCAGUGCUGUUACUCAAGAAACUGAGGAGACUGGUGGAGCGGCAUCACCUCCAUCUCCAGCAUCCAAUGACCUGGAAGAUGAGAACACCGAUUGGGGUCUUAACUCUCUAAGAGGCGGCUUUGAGGCUGCCACUGGCUACUUUGACUCAAUUCUUGAGUUCAUGGGUGGGCGGGAUGGACUUUGCCAGUACCGCUGUCGAUAUGGUAAUGCUCCAAUUCCGCGACCUGGGUACGAGAUGCCUGAGCCUGAUGGGUGCAGCUCGUACUUUUUUGGUAUUCCUGUUCCAGAAGGGAUGGAUAUGGGGAUUCCUGCCAUGACCAAAUGUUGCAAUCAACUGGAUAUGUGUUAUGAUACCUGUGGCUCAAAUAAGUAUCGCUGUGACUCCAAGUUCCGCUGGUGCCUCCACAGCAUCUGCUCAGACCUUAAAAAGAGCCUUGGUUUCGUGUCGAAAGUCGAAGCAUGUGAGACGGUGGCAGACACUUUGUUCAACACAGUGUGGACUCUGGGCUGCCGACCCUAUAUGAACAGCCAGAGAGCCGCUUGCUUCUGCCAAGGAGAAGAGAAAGAUGAACUCUAA